CUUCUUCCUCUUCGCAAGACCCAUCCUUUCUCUCUUUUUUCUUCUCUCGGCUAAAUUCUCUUCGUUCCGAACACAGAUCCAACGGGUCGCCUAUCGUACCUUCCAAAACCACACUUCAUCACGUCCGUCCACGCGUCACUACCUCGCCGCUCCCCCUGUCCUCUCCCAGGAAAGGCAGGGAGGACGCAAACCCCCCUUCCCUCCUCCCCUAUUUCCCCAAAAAUUUGAUCCCGCCCUCCUCCUCCGCCUGUUCACCCCCUUGAAUCCGCCGAGCCAAGCCCUAGCGAUCCGUCGCCAUUCCUCCGGUGGAGGCCGAGCUCGCCGCCAUGCGCCGCCGCGACGACGGACAGGCGCUCAUCGACCUCGACAGCGACGACAAUGAGUGCAAAAGUAAGCGUCCUCGAACAACUAGAGGGACAGCAGCGAAGACAUCUGGGAGCUCCAAAAUGCCCUCCUUUUAUGAUAACCUUCCCCAAAAUAGAAGCACAUGCAAUGCAACUAGCAGGAGGAACAAGGCAAAUCAAGACAAAUUGGAUACUGAUAUUUUCGAAUUAUACAUGGAGGAUCUUUGGAUGCACAUUGAUGAAGACAAGAAGAGUGCUUAUACAUAUUUUGAUUCUUUAUGGUUUAACAUGUACAGCAGAGGGUUUAAUAAAUCGAAUGUCCUUAAGUGGAUAAAGGCCAAGAAAAUAUUUUCAAGAGAAUACGUUUUUGUUCCCAUUGUUUGUUGGGGACACUGGAGCCUCCUUGUCUUAUGCCACUUUGAUGAGACAAACUGCUCGGAUGCUAAGAAAGGACCACGCAUGAUAUUGCUGGAUUCACUUAAUACGACAGAUCCGUCAAGGUUGCAAUCAGACAUCAGAAGAUUCAUUGUUGAUAUUUACAAAACUGAAGAGCGGGAAGAAAGCAAGCAGUUCAUAAACAAAAUCCGUCUUGAGUUUCCAAAGGUGCCACAGCAAAAUGGGGAGGAUUGUGGGAUAUAUGUUCUAUACUUCAUCCACUGUUUUCUUCAAAACAAAAAUCUGACAGAAGUUCUUCAAAACAAAAAAUUGGAAGAAGAUUUUGGCCAGCUUUUUGAUGAUGACUGGUUUAAUCCAGAGGAACUAGAGAACUUCCGCAAGGAUAUUCAUGCAUUCCAAGCGAAUCGGAAUAACAAAACUGAAGAGUAGGGUAGCUGGCAGUAUUGCACCUAGUAUAUGAAGUUGGUAACAUCGUACAAUAUCAUAGUAAAUACAAAUUGCUGAGUUUAAUGUUCCCUGGCGGCACAUUCUGAAGAAGCUUGAAUAUUGUUGAAAAUCUGUUGGUAGUGCAGCUUAUUCAUUUAAGAGGGAGAUGGAUAGUUAUCCAAGCAUAGAGCUUCAUGACAGUGAGCUCCUAGUUCGGCACUGACUCUUGAUGUUACCUUAAGGAAGUUGGGAUAUCUAAUAUCGUAUUUAAUGAUUGAACUCUGUAAUACAUUGUUAGGAAUUGCUAGGUGAGAUUAUACCGUCACCCUUUCGGGUAUAUUUUAGCAGGGUUGCAUACCAUGUACUAGUGUAUGUGUUCGCAUUCUCGUGAUGUUGUAUCUUACCCCUUCUAGGUGAUACCAUAUUCUAUUUUCGUACUUGUAUGAACUGAAAUGGUGUGUAUUCAGAAAUUAGCAGCA